AUGAAUGCGCUUCGUCUCGCCUUCUGGCGGAAGCCGCUGCACGUGGAGACGUCCUCUCACUCCGUGCAGGAAUCCGAUAAUGCCCCGGAGAUGGAGCGGACGCUUGGUCUUUUCGACCUCAUCAUGAUCGGCAUUGGAGGCACUGUCGGCUCGGGCGUCUUUGCCACUGCCGGACUCAUCGCCAGCAGUUACGCGGGUCCAGCCGCCACUUUAUCGUGGUUAUUAGCUGGUAUCGGCUGUCUAUUGAGCGGUCUAAGCUUCAUGGAGCUCGCGUGUCUGAUCCCCAGCGCCGGCAGCACAUAUGCGUAUGCUUACCACGCUCUAGGAGAGCUCCCGGCCCUGAUCGCCGGCUUCUUAUUAACACUUGAGUAUGGCGUCUCCAGUGCCGGAGGAGCGCGUAGUUGGAGCGACAAACUAACGCAAUGGAUGGACUCUCAAUUGGGCGUGCAAGGUCCCGACUGGAUGAAGCCCAAAGACUCGACAAUCGACCUCUAUGCGGGGCUGUUAAUGACCGGUAUCACGGCGAUUGUCCUUUGUGGCAUGCAGGCCGGGAAACUGGUCGUGAAUGUGGUGACAAUGACGAAAAUCACGGUCGUCAUGUUUAUUAUCGUGUUUGGACUGGCAAAUUUUAGUGUCGACAAAAUUUCCCCUUUUGUACCUGACCAAAGUGUCGUCGAAGUGCAUGGCAAAGAAACAGUUGCCUUUGGCUGGCCUGGGGUGUUGCUAGGUGCUAGUGCCAGUUUUUAUGGCUACAUUGGGUACGACGAGGUCUGUUGCCUUGCGGGAGAGGCAAAAGAUCCCGCGAGGAACAUCCCUCGCGCAGUGGUGGGGACGAUCAUUGGAGCUGCCACAUUAAGUAUUUUAGCGACGUUUGCGCUUGUGGGGAUGCAAAAGUAUACAGAGAUCGACGCAGAGGAGUCGUAUGGCAAUGCCUUCACCAGUGUAGGGAUGGAUUGGGCAGCUUCUUUCGUUGCAACAGGAGAAGUAUUGACUAUGCCGAUCACGUCGUUCAUCGGCUUUAUGGCGCAACCACGUGUGCAAUACGCCAUGGCAAAGGACGGGUUGUUGCCGGCUGUAUUCUCCAAGGUGGAUUCCAAGGGAAAUCUCUUCCGAGGGACACUAUUAUGUGGCACUGUCGUCACUUUACUCGCGAUUUUCGUCCCUUUCCAUGUGCUUUGGAACUUCAUCUCGCUCGGCAUCUUGGUCGCAUUUAACCUCACUAACGGAUCUUUGCUGUUGGUUCGAGUGUCGGGCAGUUCUAAAACAGAGGGAAGUGAUGGAAAGCAGUCUCAAGCUACAUGCGCACAGUUGGCCCGUUUGUCGCCGCGCUCUUCACGGUGA